AUGUAUUUCAGGAAUCGAAAGGAUAUUUCAGGCAAUGGAUAUGAAGUGUUCUUGAGUUUUAGUAGAGGCGAAGAGACUCCAGAAUCUUUCCCUUCCCGUCUCUAUUCAUCUCUGAGGGAAAAGGGAUAUUCUGUUUUCAAAGAGGAUAUAUCAAUUGAACUAUUGCAGAGUGUCCGAUGUCGUAAAAUGUUCUUCAUCAUCUUAUCUGAAGACUAUGUUAGUUCUAGAAUGUGCCUCGAGGAACUCACAAAAAUCAUGAAGUUUCGCAUGCCAUAUUAUCAUGUAGUUUUUCCCAUAUUCUGUGACGUGGGUCUGUCUAAAGUUUGGAAUCAAGAAUCUAGUUUCAAAGAAGCAUUUCAAGGUCUCAUACAAAAUGUUUCACCCACUGAAGAGGAAGUUUCACGGUGGGAGAGAGCUCACUCUGAAUUUAGACGGUACGUUGCUAGAAUUGAUGAGUCUGCUCGCUUCAACCUCAAGUCCGCUGGGCUGGAUGUUUCUGCUCACCUCAAGUCUGGCUCUCUAUAUGAUAAGGAUAUUGAGCCUAUUGUCGGUCUUGUUGAUCAUUUAUUGAAGCGUUUUGAUGAUAAGAUGUUCCCUGUUGGAGUGGAUUCUCGUGCUCAGGAUGUGAUUACAAUGCUUCAUAACCUUAAAACAAAAGAUGUUGUCUCCAUAGGGAUAUGGGGAAUGCCGGGUAUAGGCAAAACAACUAUUGCCAAAGCUAUCUUUAACCACAUUCAGUACGAAUUCGAGGGCACAUGUUUUCUUCCAAAUGUCAGGAAUGAAUGGGUGAGGAAAUUCGACCUUGUUUCAGAAAUAUUUGAAGCAACUGAAUCAGGAAGCCUCGACUUGAAUGAAAGACCUUGCCGUAAGAAGGUACUUCUUGUGCUUGACAAUGUGGAUAAGCUGGAGCAACUGAAUACUUUAUGUGGAAGUCGUGAGCAAUUUGGUGAAGGGAGUAUAAUUAUCAUUACAACUAGAGAUUCACGUCUAUUUAAUGACUUUAAAGUGGAUGACACAUAUCGCAUGAAACUUUUGAGUAAGGAAGAGUCUCUUGAACUUCUCAGUUGGCACGCAUUUCAACAAGCAUCCCCUAAAGAAGACUUCAUCAAUGUUUGCGAAGAAGUGGUUGCUUUUGUUGAGGGACUACCACUGGCUCUUGAAGCCAUUGUCCAUUUUUCACUGUACGGGGAGCAACCGAAUGAAUGGAAAUCCAUAUUGUGGAAGAUGAAUAGAGAUCUACCUGAUGACAUAGGCGAGGAACUACGCGAUAGCAUUGACUACUCCUUGAAUGGUGAAGAGAGAGAAAUAUUUCUUAAUAUAGUUUUAUUUUACAUUGGAGAGCCCAUGCAUGAUGUGGUGCGUAAGUUGGAUGGCCGUGGAUGUAAAGCUCGCAUCGGAAUAAUAGCCCUGAUGGAUCAAAGCCUUGUAACCAUUGACGACGACAACAAACUUAGAAUGCAUAAUCUGUUGCAGCUCAUAGGAAGACAAAUAAUAUGUGAAACUCCACGAGACGAGCUUGAAAAUUACGAUGAUGUUGAGCUUCCGGAAGGAAAGCAUAUAAAAACAGAACUUUUGCAAGCAAUUGGAAGUUCAAAAAUUGCAAUCAUCAUCUUCUCUGAGGAAUAUGGUGGAUCUAAAUGGUGUUUGGAGGAAUUGUCAAUGAUCAUGGAGCUUUAUGAAACAAAUAAUAGGACAGUUCUACCUGUGUUUUACCAUGUUAGUCCAAAACAAAUUCGUCAUCAAACUUCCAAUUUUGGAGAAGCAUUUAACGAUCUUGUACAAAAGAAGUCACCAUCAAAAUAUCUAGUUUUGGAGUGGAGGAAAGCCCUUGAUGGUGCUGGAAAUCUUAAAGGGACGGUUGUACAUAGUUCCAGGGACGAGAGUGAUUAUGUUAAAGAUAUUGUUGGGCAAGUUUGUGAUAUAUUGGACAAGAAAGACUUAUUUGUGGCUGAGCACCCAGUAGGAGUAGAUAAUCGUGUACGUGAAGUGAUUGCAAUGCUCCAAAACCAUUCAUCUGAAGAUACUGUCAUAUUAGGGAUAUGGGGAAUGGGGGGCGCCGGCAAAACAACUAUUACCAAAGCCAUCUAUAAUGAAAUUGGUCCCAGUUUUGAGAGUAGAAGUUACCUUCCAAAUAUCAGAAAAGUUUGGCGUCAAAAAAAUGGUAAAGAGGACUUACAAAACAAACUUCUUUCUGAAAUAUGCAAGCCAACAAAAAUGAAGAUAGACAGCAUUGAAUCAGGAAUGAUCACUUUGAAAGAUAGACUUAGACAUAAAAAGGCGUUGGUUGUGCUUGAUAAUGUGGAUAAGCUGGCCCAACUAAAAGCUUUAGUUGGAAGUGGUGACUGGUUUAAACCAGGAAGUAUAAUAAUCAUCACAACUAGAAAUCAAAGUUUACUCCCUAAAAAGGAUUGUUGUGUUUAUAUGAUGAAGAAUUUGGAUGACGGGGAAUCUUCUGAGCUUUUUAACUGGCAUGCAUUUAAACAAGAAAGUCCCAAGGAUGAUUUCAUUCACCUUUCAAGAGAUAUAGUUGCAUACUGUGGGGGACUUCCAUUGGCUCUUGAGGUCCUAGGCUCUUAUUUAUUUGGCAAAGAAGUGGAGGAAUGGAAGAGCACAUUGAGCAAACUUAAAAGAAUUCCCGACAGAAAGAUACACAAGAAGCUAAAAAUAAGCUAUGAUGGUUUAGAUGAUUUGGAGAGAGAAAUAUUCCUCGAUAUAUGUUGCUUCUUUAUUGGGAUGGACAAAACUGAAAUGACACACAUAUUAAAUGGCUGUGGAUUUUAUGCUGACAUUGGAAUCAAAAGGCUUUUGGAGCGAAGUCUUGUAACCAUUGAUGAGAAGAACAAGCUUGUUAUGCAUGAUUUGCUGCGAGACAUGGGAAGAGAAAUACUUCGUGAACAAUCUCAAAAGGAGGUUGGAAAGAAAAGCAGGUUAUGGUUUUAUAAGGAAGCACGAGCUGUAUUAUCAGAAUCCUCGGUAGGAACUUUUAUAUCCAAUGUUUAA